AUGGACAUAACAGCUGUUCCUACAUUAGGUUAUUAUAAUAUUCGGGGCGCGGCUCAACCCAUACGAUUGUUGUUGAAGUAUAAAGACGUGAAUUUCACCGACAAAUACUACGGCAAAUUUGGCGGUGAUUUGGAUUUAUAUAGAGGUAACUGGUUAAAAGAAAAAUUUACAUUGGGCUUUGAUUUUCCCAACAUACCAUAUUACAUGGAUGGUUCCAUAAAAAUAACCCAGAGUUUAGCCAUUAUGCGAUACUUGGCGAGAAUACACGGACUGAUUGCCACCGACGAGGCAGGACUCGUACGCCAGGAUGUGUUGGAACAACAUUUGAUUGAUGUUAGAAAUGAGCUUAUCGCCGUAGUAGUAGGUGAUCACUUCGAAAGCAACAAAGUCAAAUAUAUCGCAAAAACUCUACCCAAACAGUUGGACGGUUUGUCACGGUUUUUGGGUACCCGUCAGUGGUUUACCUGUAAUAAUAUAAAUUAUGUAGACUUCUUAGCGUACGAACGACUCGAUUGGUUGCGUCUUUUCAGUCCCGAAACCGUCGAUAAGUACCAGAAUUUGGUUCAAUUGUUGACUCGUUUUGAGAGUUUACCGCCGAUUAAGGCAUAUAUGAAAUCACCGGAGUUUAUAAGUUGGCCACUCUUUGGACCGCACGUUGUCUGGGGAUACAAAAAAUAA